GCUUCGCUUCACCGGCGCAUAAGUACUAGAGCGGCGGCGCGCGAGUGCUUGCGCGAGCUGCUGCGCUGUUCGGGACCGCGUGCGAAAUGUUCGGCCGCGGAUUCGCGUCAGGUGGCUCCAGCUGGGGUGCUGCUUCUUCUAGGAGAGGUUCAACUGGCUAUGACCUGUAUGGGAACAAGGACUCUCUGUCCAUUGCUGGUGGCUGCAAUGGAGGCCGUGGUGGGAGGAGCCUGGGCCUAAUGAGGCGGGGCCUCUCAGGUGAUUCUCAGCUGCCAGCCACAGGUAGCAAUGCCGAUGCCAUCAUUGCCAGGAUCAACCAGCGUCUCAACAUGCUCAGCCAGCUGGAGGAAGGCAUGCAGAGCAGCGGCCGCGGUGAGAGGUUUGACCAGUACGAGUCCUUCGACUCUCGCCCCGCCUCCCUCGCCCCCCGUGAUCUCUUCAGAUCCGACAGCCCUGCUUUCGGCUGUGGCCCGGGGAGGCCUGGAGGCGGCAGAGGGGGCAGUGGCUCCUCCUACGGCCCCGCCGAGGUGCGGAUGCCACGAGACGCUGCUCCAGGUCCGGCUUGGGCCGCUGAGCCCCUCUCCCCAGGAAUGGGUGGGACAGGCGGCCAUGGUUUCAGUCCCAGGCAGGACCUGCCUUCUUUGGGCAGAGGCUACAGGGGAUUCACCCCUGGGGGGCAGAGCAAGCUCCCAUCACUGCUGUCGCACCACAUGUCCCCGGAAGCGGGGCUGUAUCAGCUGGGUCCUGGCCUUCAGAACUUGUCUGGCAGAGGGCACUUUGGAGGGGGCCCCAGGGCAGGCCGCCAGCGUGGGCGCAAGAGGCCCCUUAACCAACAGCAGCCAAAGGCCCCACAGCAGGAUGGGCAGAAGAAAAGGAACCAGAAGGCAGCUGAAGAAGGGAAGGAGCCUGAGGUGAAGAAGUUUAAGACUGAGCUAGGAGCUGAAGAGCCCAGUGAAGAGCCCGUGGACACAAGUGGAGCAGCACAGGAGCACCAUGGCACUGCUGGCGCUGAUGGGGAACCUGCUGGAGAGCACGUUCUGACCAUGCAGGAGAGAACUCAGCAAGCCAACAAGCAGCUGCAGGUUAAACGGCCACCACAGCAGAGUGCAGUCCCCAAAGUGAAGAAGAGAAGGGGCUUCCUGGAAAGGGUCAUGUUCACUUGCUCCAUUUGCAAGUUCCGCUCCUUCUACAAGGAGGACAUGGUUGUGCACCUGGAGAGCAGAUUCCAUAAGGAGCAUUUCCGCUUCCUGUCAAGCCAGCUAUCCAAGGGCACAACGGACUUCCUGCAGGAGUACCUCCAGAACAAGUUCAAGAAGACGGAGUUGAGAUGGAAACAGACGGAAAAGCUCAGUGCCACCAUCUGCCAGGUGUAUCGGGAGCAGGACCUUACCCGAGGGGUGGGAAUGGAGCACUUCUUGAGGAAGGUGGAGGCUGCCCACUGUGCUGUCUGUGAUCUCUUCAUCCCCAUGCAGCAGCAUUUGAUCCAGAGGCACCUCCGUUCCCCUGACCACAACUACAACCGCAAGUUCAUGAUGGAACAGUCGAAGCGUUCCGGUCUCCUGGUGGCCCGCAGCAUCCUCAACCACAAGGUCAUCAGUAAGAAGCUCGAGAGCUACCUCAAGGGUGAGAACCCCUUCGCUGAAGGUGCUGAGGACAAGAACCUGGAAAAUGUCACAGUGACCGAGGAGCAGAAAGAUGGAGACAUGUCCAAAGUGGACCCCACUAAGGGUGCUCUAGAGGGGAUGGAUGGACAGAAGGAGCACAAGGAGGGGGAAGCUGAGGACAAAGAACCCUGUGAAGAACUGGGAGAGGAAGACAGGGGAGCAGAUGACUUCUUUGGGGAGGAUGAGGGGUCAGAGGGGGCCUUGGAGGAUGACAAUGAGGGUCUGGAGGGGGCCUUGGGGGAAGAUGAGGAUGUAGAGGGCUUUCUCAGGGAGGUGGAUGAGAGUGUGCUAGCAGGAGAUGAAGAUGGGGACAUUACAGAGUGAUCCCAGCUACUUGGUGUAGUGGUUAGCCUCUCACUCUCACAGAAGUUACAGCACACAUGAACCAGUUGCUUACAGUCCAAGCCCACAAUCAAAUAUGAAUGCUGAUUCAUUGUGUCCUACACACUCACACAUAGGAAAUCUUUGUUUUGCUGCCUUUCUGAGAGAGAACAUGUUGGAGAAGAUGGAAUGUGUCUCUUUGAUUUCCCAUUGACGCAGCUCAUCACUUGACCCUGUGGCAGCAGUGGACAUAUGUGCUACCUUUUAGUUAAUUGGUUGGGUUGUAACACUCAGGCCUGUUUACCAUGCUGCUGUAGCUGACUGCUUACCCAGACUUUUUUUUUUUUUUUU